AUGACUUUCCCUCCAUCUCGUAUCAUUGAGCCUGAGGGUAUCCACACCCAUACCGUCAUCCUGUUGCACGGACGGGGAAGCAAUGGUCACGACUUCGCCGACGAAUUCCUCGCAGCCCACACCAGCGAGUGCCAGACCCUGAUCGAAAGUCUUCCAAACGUGAGAUGGGUCCUCCCAACUUCCCGACUUCGACACAGCACUGUGUUCGACGAAGAGAUGCGCACCUGGUUUGACGCCUCCUCUCUGGAUGACAUUCAACAAGACCAAGAGCUGCAGGUCCAAGGUCUCAAGGAAUCCGUCUGUUACGUCCUCAGCAUCCUUGACGAAGAACUUGAAUUGCUUGACGGGUGCUGCGACCGCGUGUUUCUCGGAGGCAUCAGCCAAGGCAUGGCGACAGCCUUGUGGGCUUUGCUAUGCGCCCCCGGACGUAUCGAUGCGCCACUCGCUGGGCUACUCGUUUUCUGUGGAUGGCUCCCAUUCGCCCACCAGGCUGAGGCUAUGAUGAAGCAGCUUGAUCCCCAGCUCGAUACCCUUCAGCGCAAGCGCCUCCUCUCCGAAUUCUUCCGCAAUGUCAUUUCCGACCCCGCGCUCACACCACCACACCCUACCGACAACUUGUCUGUCCUCAGUACCCCGGUGUUUUUGAGCCAUGGAAUUGACGACCCCUACGUCUCUGUGAACCUAGGUCGACAGGCAGCCCGUGUUCUGGAGGGAAUUGACAUCGAGGUCGAGGGCCACGAGUUCAUGGGCGCAGACGCAGAUGGACAUUGGGUCAAGGAGCCUACCGGAUUUGAUCAAAUCCUCCGAUUCAUUCAGCGUCACUGCCUGCAGUAG